GAAGUAAAUAGUCACGUGUCAUGUCAACAAACCUGCGCUCAUGGAAACACAUGUGCUGUUUCAGGUUUUUAUUUGAGCAAAAAUAGGAGACACGUUACUUAGCUACUUAUGUUGACUGCAACUAUUCGUGCCUUAAGUUUUCGUGUCGCCGGUCUGAAUUAACUUUGUUAAGCUAACCUUGUUCAGUUCCAGACUGUUUGUAGAAAUGAAAGGGGGGAAAAGAAAACAGAACAGCAAGAAGAAGAAAGGAAAUGCGGUCUUACAGAAGUACAUGUGUGCGGUGGAUGAGUUUGUUAAAAAUAUUAGUGAUCAUGAAGAAGCAGACAGAGACCAGAAGCUGCGAUCCGUGAAAACCAAAAGCAGAAAGGAGUUACGCAAAGAAAAGAGAAGACUGAAAAAAGCCAAAAUGAAAAGUCACUAUGAAGGGAAAAAGAGCGUCAGUUUUGCCUCGGAUGUUGGGGAAAAGUUGGAAGUCAGAUCUGGAAAUAAGCACCAGACUCAGAAAGCUGAUCAAAUAAAAAGGGAAGUGACAAAAACCCUUUCAAACAAGCACGCUGAGGUUCCUAAAGAGAAAACGGAGUCAUCUGGAUCUAAAUCAUCCUCCAAGAAAGGCAAGAAAAUUAACAAGCUUCAAGAAUCCAGAAAAAUGGCUCUGCUUGAGGCAAAUGAACAAGAGGACAGAGAGAUAAAAAAGCUGGAGCGAUGUCUUGGAUUAAACAAAAGGAAAAACAAGAAAAGUCUCCCUCAGUCUUUUGUGACCGAUGGACUGGACUACAUCCUUGGAGUCCUCGACUGCAGCUCAUCUGGAGCAGGGAUAUACGACGGUGAGUUUGAUGAAGAUGAGGAUAUGGACACUGCUAGAGAGAACUUUGAAAAGCUGGAUCAGGAUGAUUCUCUGUCAGAUGAAGAUGAGGAAGCAGGGGAAGACAUGGCGAGUGAGGAAAGUGAUGAUGCUGAAGAGGAAGAGAUGGAGAGUGAGGAAGAUGAAGAGGAGGAGAUGAGUGACGAGAAUGAUAUUAAUGAAAGUGGAGCUGAUGCUGCUUCAGGAGCUGAAAGUGAGGAGGAAAGUGACGAAGAAGCUUCCCAUCCUGACCAAAGUUCGGAAAUUGUCACCUCAAUAACUGGCAAGUAUGUCCCACCUCAGCUGCGAAAUAUCGCAGAUGACAAACGCAAAGCUGAGCUUGAAAAGCUGAAAAGGAAAGUGAAAGGCCUGCUGAACAGGCUGAGCGAGGCCAACAUGGCCUCUAUCUGUGGUCAGCUGGAGGAGCUGUACAUGAGCUGCAGCAGGAAGGACAUGAACGACACGCUGACGGACGUUCUGCUGGCAGCCUGCGUCACUCCCACCCUGAUGCCCGAUAGGCUGCUGAUGGAGCACGUGCUGCUCGUCAGCAUCCUUCAUCACGCUGUGGGGCUGGAGGUCGGAGCCCAUUUUCUCGAGACAGUCGUGCAGAGGUUUGACGAGGUCUACAAGAACUCCAGCGAGGACAAAGAGUGCGACAACCUCAUCGCCAUCGUCGCUCACCUCUACAACUUCCAGGUGGUGCAUUCUGUCCUCAUUUUUGACAUCCUGAAGCUGCUGGUGGGAACUUUCUCAGAGAAGGACAUCGAAUUGGUUCUGUUUGUGCUGAGGAACGUCGGCUUCGCCCUGAGGAAGGACGACGCGCUCGCUCUCAAGGAGCUCAUCUCUGACGCUCAGCGCAAGGCCAGUGACAUUGGGGCAAAGUUCAAAGAUCAAACCAGGGUGCGAUUCAUGCUGGAAACCAUGUUGGCUUUAAAGAACAACGACAUGAGGAAGAUCCCAGGGUACGAUCCGGAGCCUGUGGAGAGACUGAGAAAGCUGCAGAGGCCCCUGAUCCGCAGCAGUGCUGCAGGCAGUGACCUGAAACUGAGGGUGUCUCUGGAGAACAUCCUGAAAGCGGAGCAGGUGGGCCGCUGGUGGAUCGUUGGCUCGUCGUGGAGCGGAGCGCCGAUGAUCAGCAAGCAGGAUGACACAACCUCAAAGCAGAGUGCUGCUGAGGGACAGUUCAGCCAGAAAGUGUUAGAACUGGCCAGGAAGCAGAGGAUGAACACUGAGGUCAGGAGAAACAUCUUCUGUGUCCUUAUGACCAGCGAGGACUACCUGGAUGCUUUCGAGAAGUUGUUGAGAAUGGGUCUGAAGGACAAGCAGGAGAGAGAGAUCGUCCAUGUUCUGAUGGACUGCUGCCUGCAGGAGAAAACCUUCAACGCAUUUUACGCCGUCCUCGGAGAGAAAUUCUGCUCCCAAGAUCGACGCUUCCAGAUGACGUUCCAGUUCUGCUUAUGGGACAAGUUCAAAGAGCUGUCCAACCUUCCCAGCUGUGCAUUUACCAAUUUGGUCCAGUUGGUGACUCACUUUCUUCGGAAGAAAUGCCUCUCACUCUCCAUCCUCAAAGUGAUAGAGUUUGGGGAGUUAGAUAAGUCCAAGGUGCGUUUCUUACGUCAGGUCCUGACGAAACUACUGAAAGAAACUGAGCCAGAGGAGAUAACCAGCAUAUUUGGGAGGAUUUCAGGAAUUGCUAAGCUGGGAUUGCUGCGAGACGGCUUGAAGCUUUUCAUCAGUCACUUCCUCCUGAAGAACUCCCAGUCUCGGGGACCAGCUGAGCAUGCCGUGCUCCUGCGGGAGCGUGCUCAGGUCGCCACCAAGGCUAUGGAAACUAAAGACACCAAGCUCAAACUGUAAAACAGACCCAAAGUUUGUGGCAUUAAAAGCUUGUUGGGCUGGAAUAAAUCCACAAAGAAACACCUAAAAACACUCAAUGUUGAAAUACAGGGCUGAGAUCCACCUUUGGUGAUCUACGACAACCAAGUAAAACAUUAUGCAUUCUCUGA